UCCCCGACAAGGAAGUACCAAGCUUCUGCAGCCAGCAACCCGCGACACAGCAAAGAGACCGGACACUAUUCUGUGUAGAUAACCAUCAUGAGACCGUCUGUGAUGAUCACUCUCCUUGUCCUGGUCUUGGCCGCGCAAUGCAACGCAAAGAAAAAGGGGAAACUUACAAAAGAGGUUGCUCGGCAUCUUCUUGGGCAUUGGACGACCAAGAGGGUGACUUUCAUGGGACACUCAUGCAAGAUUGAAGUGGAGCAUAGGUUCUCCCACUGGACUGUGUACCACCAGUGCACUUUCACCUGUGACCAUUGGCCUAAUAUCACAGGCAAAGCCUCGUCGCGCUGCAAACUAGCGACGGCAAAGGAAUCUGUGCGAGACUUCGUCGAUAAAGCCAUCAAUUCCAAUCUCAUCAGACGGAUAGACGUGGAAAGGUGGCUUGAAGAACAGAGGAAUGGAUCUACCACUUUGACUUAGUUUACUUUAUAUUCAUGUUAUAUCAUGUAUUUAUUUAUCAUGUAGGAGAUAUAUGUAUGUGUGUGUAUAUGUA